CUCGUGCUGUCGUGAGACUAUCCGAGUCCCUGAAAUAAUAAUAAAUAAGCUCGAUUUCCUCCCAUCCUGGCGUUAUCCUCCUCCCCGAGACUUGGUCCCCCGUCUUGUAUUCUAAAGCAUACCUGGUAUUUCUAGAUGUCUGACAUCUGUCUCCAGUGCAAGCAGCAGUCGAAGCGCAAAGGCUACCAAUUCUGUUCAACGAAAUGCACCGAUGCGGCGGCAAAGAACGCACCUCAUCUCAUCAGGGUUCCCAAGGAUCACGUCAUGUACAAGGAUGUUGCCAAUUCCUUCAAGGAUACAUGGGAUCACAACGCCGGUUCUUGUCCCGUUAUUGACCGCAUUUACUUGAUCACUUGGACACCUGGUAUGCGCUCUUCUUUCGACAACUAUCGGGAGUCUGUCGCGAAGAAACUGAAGGGCAGGAAGAAGCCCAAAGAAGUCAAGCGCUUCCGUGCUGAGUCACGUACUUGCCUCCUGGGAGACCCAGGGCAGUCGGCAUCGUUGUGCAAUGACUGGAAUUGUCAUCUCUGCAGGGCAAUCGAGACUGGGUUCGCGUCUACGCUUCAAUACAAGCGUUGUCUGGUGUAUAACGGCCAGUUGGCGUUCAACUAUGCAGCCAACGCUGGCUAUGGCUCGCAGUACAAGGCUGUGCUGGCAACAAGAGUCACCCUCGGAGAGCCGCAACAAUUGGUCUGGGACGAGAACUACAGACUUGUGCCAGACACAGGCUACGAUUCCGUUGAAGCGCGCCCUGCGAAUGGCGGGCCCACUGAACUCGUUGUGUACAACCACAAUGCUGUUCGUGCAGCGUAUCUUCUCAUUCUGAAGAGUAGAUGAGUGACCAAUCUUAUACAUAUGU